GCGUUGCUCGGUGCCAAGCUGACACGGGAGAUCAGUCAACCGGCAACAUGUCCCGAGCGAUGCAGAUCGUCCUCAGGGGAAGGAAUGGAGCUGCCGCGGCGCUGCCCCUGCCCGGCAUCGCUAACCACUGCAGCUACUCCACGGGGUCGACCUCCCAGAGGCUGGCCGGGAAGGUCGCGGUGAUCACCGGCGGGGCCAGCGGCAUCGGCAAGGCGACGGCUGAGGAGUUCGUCAGGAACGGCGCCAAGGUCGUCCUCGCCGACGUCCAGGACGACCUGGGCCGCGCCCUGGCGGCCGACCUCGGCCACGAAUCCGCGUCCUACACCCGCUGCGACGUCACCGACGAGGCGCAGGUCGCCGCGGCCGUCGACCUCGCCGUGUCCCGCCACGGCAAGCUGAACAUCAUGUUCAACAACGCUGGCAUUGUGGGCGCCCUGGCGCGUACCCCGCUCGCCGACCAGGACGUCGCCGACUUCGACCAUGUCAUGGCGGUCAACACCCGGGGCGUCAUGGCCGGGGUCAAGCACGCGGCGCGCGUCAUGGCACGGCGCCGCAGCGGCAGCAUCAUCUGCACGGCCAGCGUCGCCGGCGUGCUGGGCAGCGUGGCGCCGCACCCGUACAGCGUGUCCAAGGCGGCCGUCGUGGGGCUCGUGCGCGCCGUCGCCGGGGAGAUGGCGCGCUCUGGGGUGCGGGUGAACGCCAUCUCGCCGAACUACAUCGCGACGCCGCUGGUGAUGCGGCUCCUGGCGGAGUGGUACCCGAAGGAGAGCGCGGAGGGGCACCGGCGGACCGUCGAGGCGGGCAUCAACGAGAUGGAGGGCGCGGUUCUGGCGCCGGAGGACGUCGCGAGGGCGGCGCUGUACCUGGCGUCCGACGAGGCCAGGUACGUCAACGGCCACAACCUCGUCGUCGACGGCGGCUUCACCGUGGGGAAGGUGCCCAACAUGCCGGCAGUACCAGCGGAGUAA